AUGGUCUUUGCAAAAACGUUUUGUGAAAAAUUAUCUGAACCGGCCGUAUUAUUUAGUCAUGUAUUUGAUGAAAACAGUGAAGGACAAGUGUUCUUUGAUUCAGUUUUGGCACGUUUUGAGUAUUUCGAUGAAGCAAAUCGAGUUAACGUGAGCAAGACAUUCUCCAGCGAUGUGGAAUUCAUUACUCAAUGUGUAAUGGGUAGUCUAUCAUCAUCCGAAUUGCUAAAAAUACUUUCAAAUCGCAUUGAUUCGUACCUAUAUAUUUAUCGUCGUAUUGAAGAAUAUGUAGUGAUGAUAAAACGAACAUCAUAUUGGACACGGAAAUUUGACAACAAUCUUAAACAACUGAAAGAAACAUUGUUUCAAUUAUUAUCUGAAAUAUUUAUCAAAAAUAAAGGUUUACAACCGAAUCUUUCUACGAAAGAGAAAGCUCAAUUGAAAAACUUAAAUAUUAUUGAACAUUUGACAUUGAUAACAAAAAUUGAUAAACAAACAAUAGAUAUGUUCUUUAUGCUAAGUAAAUUAUCAUUUCAAUCAUCAAUUUUAACAGAUGAUUGCUUACAAUGGCAACGGAUUAUAUCAAAUAUACAACAUUUCGCAGUUUCUUUACAAGAAUUUAUUUCCAAGUAUAUAGAAUACCAAUUAGCAUUUCAGCAAUUCCCAUUUGAUCUGCCAGGAUUUAUUGAACUUAUUAGUAGAAAUCCUAUAUCCAGAAAUUCCAAAGAAUCACCAUUUAUCAUUUUCAUACGUCUUUGCAAAACAUUAAAAUUGGACACAGAAGAUUUUUUCGAACAAUAUCGACCACUAUUUGAAAAUAAUGUUAGACAACAAUUUUACACAUUUCAAUAUAUUAGUGAUUUUUUUAAUUUGGUCGGUCGUCAUGAUCAUAUCUUUGGCACUUAUUUUUCAAUUUAUGCUGCAAAUGUAGAUCUCGAUGAUUUGUGGAAUAUGUUUAUUCGAAUAUCUACCAACAGCGAACUAAAUGCAAUUAUUCAAAAACAUCUUAGUGCCAAACUUACUAUUCGUACUAUGAUUACAACAAAGAAUAAUUUUCUACGCUAUACAAAAACUGCUAGUGAAUGUAUUACAUUGAUCAAGGAUGAAUAUCGUCCGCGUUUUCUAAAAAUAUAUGAGAAAAUAUUCGAUGCAUUUAUAACUAAACAAAUGAAUGAUGAACAAUAUUAUUAUAAAUUCUCCUGGUUAGAUUUUAAAAAUUUUUUAUGUAUUGGUCUUGAAAUGUCAACAACACAUGAAAUACAACAACCAUCUUGUUUACUUCUCAUUCGACGUUUAUUAUUUCAAAAUAAUAUUCGAACAUUGAAUAUAGCCGAAAAAAUUCAAAAUUUAUUUAAAAGAUUAGAUGAUUUCGAUCAAAAUCUAUGUCAAAUGAAUGAUCCAACAUAUAUUAUUCAGGAUGAAUGGCUGCAAGAUUAUUUAUUAUAUAUACCAGAUGAUUUUUUAUAUAAAUUUCAUGGAAAUAUCUAUCAAUCCUUAUGUGAUACUCACGAAUAUCAUCGUUGGACAAUUUAUAUUUGGAAACGGUUAAUACAUUUGAGUAUUCUUAAAUCAAAAAAUGAAAAUGGAAAUGAAAUACUUUUGAAAUUAAAUGGAUGGCUACAAGAAGUUAAACACAGUACCUUCGAUAAUAAUGAUAUUUUAACAAAUAUUUUAGUUACUAAUGUAUUUGAAUUAAUUAUUGUUCGAUAUAUAAAAUCUGUAUUAUCCCUUCCAAAUAUUGAAUUUAUAAUUAAUUAUGUUAUUCAUAUUCGACAAAAACAAUCAUAUCUAAUCGAUGUAAAACAAGUUGAUGAAUUUAUUCGUAAUGGACAACAAUCUAUUGAACAAAUUUUAUUAUUACAAGGUAGUUGUUCAAAAUAUCGUGAUCUAUUAAAUUCGUCAAUCGUACAUUCUUUUCUUCCACAUACAGAUUUUAAAAAAAUAAUAACAAAAGUUAAUCCACAAUAUUUUAAAUUUCCAAUAAUUUCAUCUCAAAUUGAAUCAAUAAUGUCAUCUAUACCAAAAGAUAUUAAGAUUACAGAAUUUGAUUCGAAAGAAGAAUAUUUUCAAUAUUUUAUCAAACAAAUAAAUGAAUGGAUUCAAUGGUUUAAUAAAUUUUUAUUAAUAUCGUUAUAUGUAAUUGAAUGGUUAAGAAAUUGGAAAGUUGAUGGAGCUGAUCAAUUAUUUACUGAUAUACAUACAAUAAAAGAUAAUUCGUCUGUUACACUUAUUCAAAUGAAAAUGAUCGUUGAAAGAACAUUAAAAAUUCUUCGACCUUUUAAAGAUCUGCGACGACUUUAUCAUUUAUUUAAUUGUUUAACAUCAUUUCAAUUAGUUAAUGCAGGCGCAUUAAACAAUCAAAUUGAUUCUACAAAUUAUAUUCGAGAAUUAAAACGAUUUCAACCUAAUAAUACAUUUACAGUAUUAGCAAAGAUGUCUUCGGAAAAUAUAUUUUUAAUUAAUGAUCGACAAAAUGUUCAAUGGUGCAUUGCUAGUGAAAGAUCUCCUUGUAAUAUUCAAAUUCGAUAUCAAACAAUUGAAUUACAAGAUGAAAAUCGAAUAUUAUUUGAUAAAGAAAUAAUUCCAAUCGAGCAAUAUGUUCUACAAGGAGAAUUUAAAACACACCGAUUUGGUCAAUUAAUAAUUAAGAUUAAUAAUGAACAAUCACGUUCUCCGCGUACAGUUUGGUAUCGAAUAAGUUUAACUCCAUUAUCAACUUGUCAUCUUUUUCAUGGAAUAUUUAAUAUGUUCUAUCAAUCAUAUUAUCAACAAUCAAUAGAAAUAAUUAAAGAAGAACAAAUAAGUCAAUUACUUGAUAAAGUAUUUCAGUUUAUUGAUAGUGUUUUAAAUGGUAGUGUUAGUUUAAGAGAUAUGACUAAUCUUAAAACUGUAUUUUGCGAUAAAAAUAUUCAUAUACGAGAAGAAGUUAAAAAACUUUUUACUAAUCGUUCUUCUGAACAUGGAGCUAUGAAUAAACAACGAACAACGACAACAACAACAACAACAACAACAACAACAACGACAAAUAUUCCUACUGAUAAAGAAAUUGAACAAGUCUGUGAAUGGCUUCAAAUUUAUCAAUAUUAUAGCCAUAUUAAUAUUAUUAUUAAUUGUAUUGAAAAAUUUGAUAUAUUACCAAUUGAUACUAAUGAUCAAUUAAUUGGUCAUUUAAAACAUUUAAGUGAUGAAAAUUGUUCAUUAAAACAAAUAACACAGACUUAUAAUAUUUUAAAACAACAAUUUCAAAAUCUUUCAAAUCAACAUUUACAAUUAAUUAAAACAGCACUUCAAUGUUCAUCUGUUAUUGAAAUAAUGAAAAAGUCUGAUUUAUAUUCAUUUCAUGGAAGUCUAAGAUUUCAAGAACUACGAGAUAAUUUAACAACACAAUUUCAACUUCAAGAACGUAAUAAUAUGAUUCUUAAUUCAUGGAUUAUUGCUUAUGCAUUAUGUGAACCAUUUGUUCUUAAAGCAAAAAAUUUCGAUGACUUUGUUGAUCGCAUUGCUCGUUUAUCAAAUUUUGAAGAAAAUUCUUUAAAACAUCUGCAAAUUGUUAAUGAAAAUAUACAAAUUGUGAAUAUGUGGCUAUCAACUGAAGAAACAUCAGUAUUAGAUAAUGCACUUAUAACAAUGGAACAUCUUUAUAAAACUGGUACAAUUAAAAUAUGUCUUAGACGUUUGAUGAAUGAACAGUCUUAUUUCGAAAUUGGAUAUUCAAUUAAAAAGAUACAAAAUGAUGAUAAUGAUCAACAAGAAAUGCUUAAAUUUACAUUAUCAAUGAGUGAUAUUGAUGAUCAUAAACGUCAAUUAACAUUUUGUAAUGUUGAUUUACAAGAAAAUAUAUUUUAUAAAAAAAUCUUAUUAAAUGAACAAUUAAAAUUAUUAAAAAUUCUACAAAAUAUUUAUACUAAACUUGUUCAAUUAGAAAUGGCUGGUCACCCAGAAUAUCAACUUCGAGAAGAAAAUUAUGAAAUACAUGAUCGAACUGGUGAAAUUAAUAAUAUACUUUCAAAUCUUCGAAAUGAUCAACAUAUUCGAGAAGAUCUAUUAAAACGUGCUGUUAAAACUCGUACAGAUAAUUUAGAAUUAAUUUAUCGUGCAUUAGGAACAACAUAUGAUAUGUGGAUUAAUAAUUUAGAACGAUAUAGAUAUGAUAAUCGUUUAUUAAAUUUAUUUUCAAAUCGUCAAAUAAUGAUUCUUAUUAUUUUAUUAACAACAUCAACAACACAAAAUCAAAUAAAAUGUCAUUUUUUAGAGAAAUUAUCAUUAUCAAAAGAUAUUCAUAAUCAUAAAGAAAAAGAAUUAAAACUAACUAUUCAAUGUUUAAUACAUUAUUUACGUUCAUUAAAAAUUUAUAACUGUGAUUUAUCAAUAAUUAAUAUAUUAAAUCUUUAUGAAACAUAUAAAAUUGAAUCAAAUGCAAAUGCUGAUACAGGCCUUAAGAAAUUAUCACAAUUCCUAUCGAAAUUAUUUAAUAAUAAUAAUAAUAAUAACAAUGAUUUAUUUCAAAAUAAUAUUUUAAUCAAUGAAAAUCAGCAAUAUCUUGUAACAUUAGAUACAAUGAGAAAUCCAUCAGAAAAUCUUUCAUUUGAUCACAAUCUUGAUAUGAAUACAUGUUGUAUUUUAUUAAAUCUUUUUAAUGAUCGAUUACCAUCUGCUUAUCAAAUAUUAUGGUGUUCAAUUGCUACUGAAGAUGAUAUUCGAUUAUUUUUUUUACGUAUAAAAACAUUUCGUUCUUUAACAUUUGUUAUACUCGAUAUUGAUAAAAUGCAUCAUCGUCUUAGAGAAAUUUUAUUAAAUGAACAAGAUGCAUUAACAAAACUUGAACAAGGUCAUGGACCGGUUUAUUAUUUUUCUAGAGAAUUAACAACAAAUCGAAAAGGUUUAAGACCAUAUCAUAUUUCACCAAGAUUUCGUGAUCCUCAUCAUAUAUAUACACAAUUAGUUCGAUUAUUUCAACAAAAUAAUUGGAUACAACCGCAAAUUCAAAUUAUUUAUGGACUAGCCGGUAUUGGAAAAACUCAUCGAAUUAAUAAGAAAUAUAAAGAUGAAGAUACAUUUUGUUUUAGUAUCAAUGAUACAUUAAAUUUAUCAUUAUUAAUUAAUUCAUUUCUUACAUAUGAUUCAAGAAUAAAUAAUAAUAAUAAUAAUAAUCCAUCAGUUUCUUUUAAUAUUUCAAUACAUGCACCAUUCGAAGAAUUAAAUCGUGCAUUUCUAUCAUUAUUUAUUUGUGGAUCAUUAACUGAUACAAAUACUGGUCUAACAUUUUCUUUACCAGAAAAUCAACAAUGGAAAUUUUUUAUCGAAAUUCCUCAUACAAAUAAAUAUCAGAUGACUAUUAAAGAAAAUUUUUAUCGAAUUUUACCUAUUUUAUCAAUUAUAUCUCCAGAUAGUUUAGAAGAAAUUACUAAUGAAAAUUAUCAAUUAUUUAUUGGAGAAGAAGAAGAAGUUGUUGCUCGAUUUCUUAAAGCUUAUGAAAAUGGAACUAUUAAUCAAAUAUUAACAGUAACAUCAACUAAUAUUGAAAAACCAGUUGACUUUGAAACAUUAACAAAUUGUAAUGAAUGUCUUCGUUAUAUUUAUAAUUGUAUAACUGAAUAUGCGCCGGAAUUACCAAGAAAUAAAAUUUCCGAAGUAUCUUUUACAAAAUUUUUAUAUCGUCGUAUAAAAUUUUUUCUCGGGCAUUUUUAUCGAUAUAAUAUGACAGUUCCAAAUCUUGGCUCAUUCGCAAUGAAACAAAUGAUAGAUGAAGCAAAAUCACUUUCACAAAUAGAUUUUCAAACAAAUAAUUAUCCUCGUACAUAUCUUGUUUAUGAUCCGAAUUUUUCGUUACAUUUAUUGCAUGAUGAUUGGAAUAACGUAUCACCUGAAUUAAAACAAUUAUUUAAUAAUCAAAAUCCUACGAAUAGAGAAGAAUUCCAAUCUAAAGAUUAUUUUAUUAAAUGUUUAUCGUGGUUAAUCGAUAUAAAAUAUAAUGAUUUUGAACAAAUUAUGAAUGAAACAAAAUUUAUUUUAACUGAAAAUUUUGCUUAUAAAUUAUUUCAUAUUCAUGAACGUAAAUUAACGAAAUUAUCUUUAGUUAUUGAAGGUGAUACAGGUGUUGGAAAAACAUUUCUUCUCAAAUUCUAUUCAUUAUUAUUAAAUUCUAAUAUAAUCAAUGCUCCAAUUGAUAAUAAUAUGAUUCCACGUAUACGUGAACGUACUAGUUUAUGGUUAUUAAAUACUAUCAUAUCUGGUAUUUUAGUUGAUGAAAUUAAUUUAUUAAACAUAUUCCUAAAUCGAGUAAAACCAAAACUUAUGGGAUUUAUUAAUGAUGAUGAAAUAGAUACAGAAGUUACACAACUCUAUCUUCCUCAUAUUCAACAUAUUAAUAUUGAAGAUACAUUUAAUGAAGGUUUAAUAAAUAUUCAACCACAACCACUUACUUCAAUUCCAAUAGCACUACAAAUUCAACCAAAAACAGAAUUAAUUGAUCCUCUUUUAUUAGAACAUAUUCGAAAUUCAUUAAAAAAUCAUGAAUAUAAUAAUGAUAUCAUGCAAUAUUUAUGGGAAACAAUUUUAACUAUUGCCAGUGAAAAUGCAAUGAAUAUAGCUCAAAAAUUAACUCAUGCAUUACAUGAAUAUAUCAAAUCACAAUUAAUUAAUUUUCCAUUGAUUGAACCUAGUUUUCAUCUUCAACAAUUACUUAAUAAUUCCUAUUCAUCAUCUGUACGAAUAGCAAUUGAAAUUUUUAAUGAAUAUAUACUUCAUAGUGAAAUGAAACCAUUAUUUUAUCGUUUAUUAUUGCAUCCAGGUGUAACUGAAGAACAACUUGAACAAUUUAUGUUACCUAUUUGUCAAUUAGCACGUAAAUUAUCUAAUGUUGAAUUAGUUGUAUUCUUUGAUGAAGUUAAUACGGCGUCAUGUCUUGGACUUUUUAAAGAAAUGUUUAUGGAUCGAACAUUACAUGGAAACGAAUUACCAAAAAAUAUAUUUUUUACUGGAGCUAUUAAUCCAUAUAUUGUAUCUAAUGAUGACAAUAUUGCUCAUAGACGAGAUUUUCUUGUACAUCAAUUACCACAAGCAUUAGAAAGUUUAAAAGUAUCUUAUGGACCAUUAGAACAAACAUCAUUGAAAACUUAUAUUGAAAAGAAAAUUCUUAUGUUGCAUGGAAAUUCCAAACAUAAACAACAAAUAGAAAUGCCAUUAGAAAAAUAUGCACAAGCAAUUUUAUCUGAAUCAAUUCUUAAUGCACAAGAUUUUUGUGAGCAAUAUCUCGGAAGAAAUUCAGUUUCACAACGAGAAAUUCAACGAUGUUUUAAUUUAAUUGAUUUUUUUUGGAAAAUGCGAUUUGAUGAUGAAAUAGAUAAUAAUAAUGAUGAUCAAUAUCAAUACCAACCAAAUCCUAUACGAUGUAUUGCAUUAGCAUUAGCAUUGAUCUAUUAUUUUCGACUUCCAACAAAAGAAGAUAAUGAACAACGGAAUGAUAAAAAAUCACCAUCACGUGAGCAACUUGCUACAUUACUUUCUCAAACAAUACCAGAUUUUGCUGACAUUGUUGAAAAUGAAUUAGAAAAAUUUGUCAAUACAGAUAAUUUUGUUAUUCCACACGGUGUUGCUAUUAAUCAAGCUAUACGUGAACAUAUAUUUUCAAUUGUUGUCAGUAUUGUCACACGAACACCAUUAUGUAUAAUUGGUGCACCAGGUCAAUCAAAAACAUUAUCAUUUCAAAUUGUUUUACAAAAUCUUCAAGGUUCACAAUUAUCAACAAAAUCAUUUUGUAAACGUUUACCAGCUAUUGAUCCAUUCUUUUGUCUUGGAUCAAAAUAUAGCCGAUCAGAAGAUAUUGCAUAUAUAUUUGAACGUGCUAUCAAACGUGAACAACAAUAUCAACAAAAUCGAAUGAACACACGAUGUGUUGUUUUCUUGGACGAAGCUUCACUACCUGAUGAAAAGAAAAUGGUCUUAAAAGUUUUACAUCCAUAUCUAGAUGAAUGUAAAGUAGCAUUUGUUGCUAUUGCAAACAAAUCAUUUGAUGCUGCUAAUGCAAAUCGAAUGAUUUGUAUUUAUCGUUCUUUACCAUCAAAAGAUGAUCAAAAAAUUUUAGCUUAUGGUUGUCUUGGUUUAAAAAUAAAUGAUAAUAAUACAGGUGUAUACGGGCGCCUUCAAUCAAUUAUAUAUGGUCUUUGUCAAGGAUAUCGAAGAAUAUUAAAUACAACAAACAUUUCUCAUAUAUAUCAUGAUCGUGAUUUUAUUUAUAUGUUACGUGAAUUACGUUUUGAAUUAACAUCGACAUCAGAUGAUCAAGACAUAUCUAUUUCUGAUAUUACACCAACGAGUCUUUUACAAGCAUUAGAAAAUAAUUUUAAUGGAAUAAAUAAAGAUGAAUUUGAAAAUUUAGUUAAAAUAUUUUUUCAAGCUGUUCAAGAACAAGGUGUUGAUUUUCAAUUACCAGUAACUCGUCGUAAUAUUCCAACUAUUCUAAAUGAAUCAAUGAAACUUGAUUCAAUUCGACGUCGUCUUUAUGGACGUUAUAAAUUAAUUAUUGAUGAGUCAGAAGAUGAAAGUGCUGUUCGUUUACUAUCACAAAGUGGUAUUAUUAAUUUUGAUCCAAAUCAUACAACUGUUUUUUGUAUGUCUGAUUUUACUGAUGAUAUUAAUAAUGAAUUACGUAAUGUGGAGAUUUUAUCAACAAUUAAAUUAUGUAUGGAAACAGGAAAGACAAUAUUAAUGAUCAAUACAGGACGAAUACAUGGUUCACUUUAUGAUGUUUUUAAUCAAAAUUUUUCUAUUAUGGCUACUGGUGAUAUGAGAAAAAUAUUUUCGAAAGUUGCUAUUGGUCCGAAAACAAUUGAUGUUGUUGUUCAUGAAGAUUUUCAAUGUAUUGUACAUGUUAAACGAAGUGAAUUUAAAGAUAUUCCACCACCAUUUCUUAGUCGUUUUCAGAAAUAUUCAUUAAGUGUUCAUGAUUUUUAUCGAAUUCAAUAUGAACAAACUUCUUUAAAUGAUCAAAAAAUUUUAAAAAAUAUUGAAGAAAAACUUUAUUCAUUUAUUCAACAUUUUGGACAACAAUAUUUUUAUGGUUUAAAUGAAAAUACAUUAUAUUCAUGUUUAUUAUCAUUAAUAAAACAAAAUGAAAAUGAUCAAACUUAUUAUCUUAAUAUUCAUCAAUAUUUUACACAAUUAACAAUUAAAUCAAAAUCAUUUAUUGAACAAAAUUCAAGUGAUAUUCAACAAUGUCUUUUACGUUUAACUCUUUCGAAAUUAUUACAACUUGUUUCACCUGAAUCAUUUAUACUUAAACUACGAACAUUUGAAAAUAAAUUUGCACAGUUAUUAUGUAUGAAUUAUUUUCAUCAACAAGAACAUUUUCAUAUUGAAAAUUUCAUUCAUAAUUUUGUUUCAAAUCCAUUGAAUGAUAUUCAAAAUAAUGAUUUAUUAGCAAUAACAACGACGGAUAUACAAUUACCAAAAUUAGAUCAUAUUAAUAUUACACGAAAAUUAAUGAUAUUUACACGUACAUCAUCAUAUAUUAUUGGUCUUCAUGAACAAUCAAACCAUGAUUUAUUUCAUAAUUUAAAUGAUAAUGAAUAUACUGAUGAUAUUGCUAAUAUUGAUAUACUUAAUCUCUCUGUUAUUGAAAAUUCUGUAAAACUAGAAGAAAAAUUUCAAGAUUAUGAAAAAGAUGAAAAAAAGAAUGUUUUAAUAAUUGUAGUUAAUGCACGAAUUAAUCAACAACGUUUACAUAUCCCAUAUGUUCGACAAUUAAUCGAUAGAACAGAUUAUUCAUAUAAUACAGUUAAUAAAAAACACUAUAAAUAUUUUCUUAUACUUGUUCAUUCACCUUCACAAGAACUUUAUCACCAAUCAUCAUUUCCUGCUAUUUUCUUACAAGAUUGGGAUUUUUACUUUUUUGAUAGUUGUGCACCUGGUAAUGCUUUUUAUCUUCAAAAAAUGAUACAAAUUUUUACAUCAUCAUCACCAUCUGAACAACAAGAAUCAUUUGACAAUAGUUUAUGUGAUUUAAAUACAUUAUUUGAUGAUUGUUUGUGGGAUUUUUGUUCUCGAAUACAAAUUACUUUACAAGAAUUACCUGAAAAUAUGUUUAAAGAUAAAUUAGCAUAUGAAUUUUAUCAACGAAAAACAAAUACAUUACGACGUGUUCAAUGUUUUAAACAAAUUUUUCAACGAUCAAUUCAAUUACAAAAAUGUCUUGUUAAUAUUUAUCAUAAUAAUUUAUCAAAUACAAAAGAUUCAUCAAAAAAAAUCUUUAAUUUUAUUUAUCAAAUAUCAAAAGAUAUCCUUUGUGAAAAACGAUUUGAUGGUCUUGUUGAAUCAAUUCAAUCUGAAACUCGUAUAUCAUUUACAAAUUUUGUUUCAAAUGUUUUUAAAUAUCUUAUUGACGAUUAUGGUUUAGAUACAAUAUCAACAAUUAAAAAUCAAUAUGAUACAAUCUUAGAAUUAAUUGAUUAUUCAGCAUUUUCAAUUGAUGAAAAUAAAGAUAGAAAUUCUCAAGGAAUAAUUCAACUUGUUACACAUUAUGCUUGUAUUCCACAAACACCACUUUAUCAUUUAUUUCAUCAACGAAUCAAAUCUUAUGCUGAUGAAAUUAAACUAACAUUAAUUCUCAAACAAAAUGAUAACAAUAAUAUUCUACUUCAAGAUUAUUAUGUUAUUCCACCAAUUUCUACAGAUGAAAAUGAAAGUACAUUUGAACAAUUUCGAUAUAAAUUAAUAAAAUCAAUUUCAAAUGAUAAAAUAUUGGUUGAAAUAAUAAAUGAAAAUAUUCUUCAUUCUUAUUCAAAUGAUCUUGUUCGAACAUUUUGUACAAUUAUUGAAACAAAUUUUCAUAAGAAAUUUAAUCAAUAUGAAAAAACAAUUGAAUUUGUUUCACGUUGGUUAUUACUUAUCGAUGAAAAUGAUCGACAAUCCUUUGAAGAUAGUCAAUAUAAAUAUAUAUGGCUUCUUGCACAUGUUUAUACAUCAUUUGAAUAUGAUAAAAAUAAUCUCUUUUCAUUAUAUUCAGCUUAUCGAAUUCUAGAUCGCCUUGAUUCAACACAAUCAUUUAACGAUCGUUUAUUUCCUAAUCAUGAUACUACACGUUCACAAGUAUGUGAAAUUUUAUUUCGACUUAUGUUUGAUUAUUUAUGGGAAAAUUUAUGUGAAUUUUGUUCGAAUAACAACACAAAUUCUAAUGAAAUAUGGAUUAAUGCUUAUACAUUUAUUUCAAAAUAUUAUCCAUCAGAUAAAGUUUUAUCAUGUACACAACUUAUUGAAAUUAAAAAUCAAAUUGAAUUCAUGAAUUUAGCAUAUCUUAUUUUACUUAAUGAUAAUAUAUCUCAGCCAAUAGAUCUUGUUACUCAUUUAUUGAAUAAUAUACAUUAUGUUCAUGUCAAUAAUAAUGGUCCAUAUGGAAAUUUUCAAAAAUCAGUUUAUUUAAAAUUAUUACCAAAAAUUCUCCAGUCUGUUGAAGAAUAUUUUGAAAAUAAAACUGAUAAUUAUUCAAUGUUAAUGAUUGAUUUACAACAAUGGAUAAUUCUUAUACUAAAAUCAUCUACAGAAUCAUGUAAAGAAGAAAUAAGUCAAAUUUUCAAAGAUUUAAAUCAAUCAUCUUAUCGAUUAUCAUUAUCUAUGAAACAAUUUCUGUUCGAUGAAUUAGCUAAUUUAUAUCUUAUUGAAUUACGAAAGAAUAAUCGACAAAUACUUGAUUGUUGGGAUUGUGGUAUUAAACUUUUACAAUUUAUUAUCGAAUGUAUUGAAAAUGGUAAUCUGAUUGAACCCUAUCAAUUGCCCUAUCACCCAUCAGUUGUAACUAUUGAUAAUCAACGACAACCAUUACUUGAUUUCUUCUUUUUUCAUAUUGAACGAUCUAUUAAUAAUGAACCAAUUAAAUAUAAUUUUGUUAAUAAAAUUAUUCAAUCAGAAUUUUCAAAUAUUAGAAACAGAUCUUCAAUUAUUAUUAAAAACAUUUUCAAAGAAUUAAAAACUUAUUUUGUAAUACGUUUAACUGCUUUAUUAUUAUGUCAAACUGAUAUAUCUCCUGAUAAUCAACGAAUGAUUGAUCGUCUUAUACUUACAAUUAUUAAUAUGUAUUUAUUAAUCGAUCAACAAGCAGUUGAACUUAGUCAUCAUCUUCAAAUCUUUCUUUCGACUAUUAUAUCAAAACGAUCAUGGAAUUUUCUUUUUAAUUUAUUAAAAUCCGAAUAUAUACAGCGUUUAAAUAGUCAAUGGGCAAAUACUCUAUGCCAUCUUUUACAAAUAAAAGAAUCAAUACAACAAAAUCCAUAUCUUCAAUUAUGUCAUAAAAUACAAUUUACAUUAUCAACAGAUAAUACUUCGUCAAUAUUUCCACAUUUACAUCAGUUCUAUGACCAACUUAAACAAAUCAUAAAUAAUUGUGUCAAAGAUAAUAUUAAUAAAGAACAACAAUGGAAAAAUCUUUCAGAUUGGAUUCAAUUAAAACAAAAUGAAAAUCCACUUACAAUUCAAUUGAUCGAAAUUAAAGUAAUGUUAUUAUUAAAUAUUUAUUACGAUUAUUAUUGUACUAAUCAAUUAGCAUCGAUUAGUACAUUAUUAUUAUUUAUUGAAAAUACUUUACAACCUUCACCAGAAGAAUUACGAGUUUUUCGUGUUUUUUUACAACCUGAACAAUAUAUGAUUGGAUAUCCAAGACAAAAUAAUGAUGAAGAUAUGAAUUCUUUAAAUAAUUUAUUUAAAAUUGAUUGUAAAGAUGAAGAUGAAUUGUGUAUUCGUCAUUCACUUGUUAAUCUUCUCGCUAUGAUUCUUAUGAGUGGAAAACAAAAUUUUCUAUGGACGUUUACUUUUGAACCAUUAACUUUACAAAACACAUUUGGUUUUGGAUCAACGACACAUCAUAUAAUUCGGACUAAUGGUGUACAUUAUGAUUGUGGUUGUAUUAUUACACAGAAUGGAGAUUUAAUGCAAUUUGAAAAAACACAUGUUAGUGUAUUGAAUGUACCGGCUGUUUAUGUUGCUUAUUUCUCAACAUUUGGUGCUUUAGCUUGGCAUAUGUUAUUAUUUGCUGAAUCUGUUCAAAACUUACAUGGUCCAAUAUUAGCACCACAUGCAAUUAAUGAUAAUACAGCUGUACAUCGUAUUUCAGGUAAUAAUAAUCGAACAAAAGUUUGUCAUUUUAUUCGUGCAAGAUUAUUAUCAACAUUUAAUUUUCUAUCAAUUCGUUCAAAUCAAGAUGAUGCAUGUAUUAUCUUAAACCAUUGUUUUGAACAAAUGGCUUUUUUAACUAUAAAUCAUCAACAAGAUGAAAAUGCAUGGAUUAAACCUAUUUUUAAUACUAUAAAUGAUGAAUUAAAAGCUGAACAAGAGUUUCAAAAUCAAGUAUUCUAUUUUGUUUAUCAAAAAUUAACAGAAUAUAAAACGUAUAUUAAUCAACUUAAUUUACAAUCACAAAUACAAACAAACCUUCAAGAUUUUAUUGAUAAAAUGCCAAUUAAUAUUCAAUUUUUACAUUUUAAAACUGAAUUACAUAAUCCUAUUCAUUCACAACAAUCUUUAAAAAUAUUACGAUAUGUUCUUGAUUCAACUGAUUUUUUAAAAAUUAUGAAAUAUAUUUAUGAUCUUACUCAAUUUUAUCUUCUUCUACAUCAAACUUUUACUCAAUUGAUUGAACGAGAUGAAUUUCAUACAAUAACAUUAAAUGAAUUAUAUAAUCGAGCUCAAAAACAUUCAAAUAAUCCUUAUCAUUAUAGAAAUGAUAAUAAUUAUUUAUUAAUUAUUGAUAAUGGUAUUCAAGCUGUUAAUACUUAUCAUGAAUUUACUGAUGGUCUUAUUCGACCAGGUGCUUGUGAUCAAAUUCAACGUUUUACUAAAAUUACACGUGAUACACCAGUACACUAUUUAGUUACAACAGAAAAUCAUGAUGAAGGAGAUAUUGUUAUGCGUAUACUUAGUGUUUUAAUUAACUAUCACAAUAGUCUGUUGAAUUUACUUGAUAGAGAAGUAAAUAGUAAUGAUAAUCAUAUUGGUGAAACAUGGAAAAAUCUAGUGAAAAAUUUGACUUCGAAAGAAGUUUCAAUUUUACAAAUUGUUCGUGAUAAUACUGGUAUUAUUACAUUAACUAAUAAUGAUUGUUUAUGUAUUGAAGAAUUAUCUCGUGCUACUCUUAUUAAUGAAAAGGAUGAAUAUUUUCAACGAGCAGAUACUCAACUUAAUUUUAAUUUUGUUUAUCUUCAAUCAUAUAUUAUUCGAACAUAUCUUUUACUUUGUCCUAUUAAUUAUCAACAUAUAAUACAAAAUUAUCAAUGUCAUAUACGACGUACACAAAUAACAACAGAUAAUGAAAUAUUUGAUCUUGAUGAAAAAUAUUCUUCUGUAUUAAAUUGUGAACAAUUAGAAACAGAUUGGAAUCAUUUAAAACAAAUGUAUUUAGAUAAACUUUAUCAUGGACAUAAUUUUCUUCGACAAAUAAUUAUGAUAUUAAAACAUCAUUCAGAUGAUUUUUCUCCAUUAAAUCUUUAUGAAUUUGUUCGUUCAUUAGAUAAUGAUAAUCAAUUUUAUGAACAAAUUCAACAAUACGAAAUAAAAGAUUUUCAAUUAUGUUAUAUUGAUCAUAUUAGAAAAUUAUAUGCGAAUUCAAUACAUGAUUUUCAACAUUUAUUUACUGAUGUAUCUCAAUUAUUACGAACUCCAAUUGAUCAACAACUUGAUAAUGAACUUAAUCAAAUGUUACAAGCAGCAAUUAUUAGUGUUGAUUAUGAGGAUAAUAUUGAUAAAAUAAAAUUAACAAUUCAAAUAAUAACUGAUCUAUUAAAUGAUCUUCGAAUAAUUGAAUAUUUACUUUUAAGACAAUGGGCUCAUUCAUUAAAAGAAACAUGUUUUGUACUAGAUAUUCAAAAUUCUAUUCUAAAUUUUGUACCAGAUGAAAUCAAAUGUGAAAAUUAUGUUGCACUCAGUAUUCAUUUAAUACGUAUGAGAACAAUUUUACAAGAACGAAUUGUUAAUAUUGAAGAAAAAGAAACGAAACAAUGGAGUGAAAAUAUCGAUAUUAAUAUACAUAUAGAACAAGUUACACAAACAAAUCGUUUUCAUGAAUUUCUUAACGAAUCAAUAUCAACAAAUGAAAUAUCCGAUAAUUUAAUGAAUAUAGAUGAGAAUGAUACAUGGGCAGAUAUUUCAAAUUAUCGAACUGAUGAUCCAGUUGGAGAUAUUUUAUUUCAAGAAAAUGAUCUUCAACAACAACAACAAUUUGCUCCAAAACAAUCGAGUUUAAUUGAACAAUGUCUAGAAUAUUCAUCUCUUUUUCAAUUAAAUCUUAAAUUAGUUCCAUUAACAACAUCAACUUUAUUUGAAAAUAUACAUAACAAAUCUAUAUUACCCGCAAUGCCUUUAAAUAAAGCACAAGCAUUCACAAUUACUCGUCCAGAUAAAACAUCUACUUUACAUUUAUGGAAAAUUGAAAAUCUUUUCGAAAAAUUACGUCAAAUGUUUGAUAAAGAAAAAUAUGAUAAAGAUAGAUUUGUUACUAUCGAUCAAGAUGAAAUUCUUCUCGAUUUUAUGAAUAAUAAUAUUCAAUUAUUAUCCCAAAUAUCUUUGAAAUAUUUUAUUGUCGAAAAAAUUUCAUUAUUUAAAAUUCAAUUUGAUUUUCAUAACAAAAUCUUUGAAUAUUUUUCAACAUCCAACAGUAAUGUUUCUAUUAUUAUCGAUCAUUUUAUUCAUGAUAAUAAUAUAAAACCUUCUUCAGCAGAUAUUUAUCUUUGUUUUUUUGAUAAAUAUGGAACAGCUAUUAAUAAUGAAACAAUUAAUGAUAUUAUAAAUCGAAUAAAUAAUAAUAAUGAAAAUAAAACAAUUUUAAUUACGGUUACUGAAGAAAUUAUUAAUAAUAAUUCAUUAUGUGAAAUUAUUCGACGAACAAAACAAGAUGAAGAACAAAUUAGUUUAUUUCAUCCAACAACUAAAUGGCAAUGGAUAAAAAAUUCUAUGAAAAUAACUGAUUCUUUUAUUGACGAAUAUGCUUUUUUUGAUAAAGAACAAAAGAUAAUUUUUGAAGAAAAUCAAUCGAUUUCUUUAGCAAUAGAACAAACGAAAUCAAUAGUUAUCGAUGGAAUUAAUCGAAAUGCAACAAUUGAAGUUAUUUUCUCUUAUGAAACAAAUAGUACAACGACUAUUGCAUUAAAAUCAAUGAGAAUUUAUAAUUUACUAAAUAAUAAAUAUCUUUUAAGACAAUUAAAUCUGAUUGAUAUAUCUCCAAAUGAUUGUGUUCUUGUAUUAGGAGAAAAUAAUGAACAAAUUUUAUCUCAAGAUGAUAUUCGACAACCUCUUGCUAAUUAUAUUAAUAAUGAUAAUGAACCAAUUCAUUUUCGUAUAUCAAUAUUAGUUAAAAUAUUAAAAUAUGAUAAUCAGAUACCUAUACAAAUACUUUUAUCAAAUAGAAAUACAACUAUUGAACAUAUUUUUCAAUUAACAAAUGGUUCAACUACUGGUUAUAGAUAUUUAGCAUCGACUUAUACAAAAAAAAUAAUUGAUUACCAUGAAAAUCUUUCGAAUUUAAUUGAUACAAAAUUUAUUUUAGUUAAAGAAGAUGAAACAUGUCUUGUAUCAAUUGAGAAACCUAAAAAUAAUUUAUUAUUAGAUAUUGAUGCUGAAGGAAAUGAUAUUCAUGAACGAUAUACGAUUUUUGCUACACUUGCUGAGAUCUAUAAAGAAAAGAAAAUCGAUCAUCAAUAUCUUCUCUAUUCAAAUGAUUUUGUUCUAUCAAAAGAAACUCAAUUAGUUUCUUUUCGAUCAAUAUCACCUAUUCGAUUUAUUUUAAUCAAUGAAAAUUUACCUGUUACUGUAAAUAUUCACAUUCAUAAUGAUAAUAAUCAAUCGAUUCAAUUUCAUUGUUCUUUAACAAUUAAUAUUAAACGUUUAUGUUCUAUUGCUUGUCAAUUAUUUGAUAUUAAUAAUUAUUAUUAUAAAUUAAUGAAGGAUGGUUUUACAAUCGAUGAUGAUGAUGUUACUUUAAAUGAUAUUGAUUCAUCAAUGACAGAAAUUCAAUUUCAAUUAAUAUCAAUAGCAUCAAUAAAUAGUUCCAUUAAAUAUAAGGAACAAAUAAUUCUAUUGCCAUGUUCUCGUGAUACAUCAGCAGCAACACUUAUUAAUGAAACAAUGAUAAAAUUACAUAUACCACACGAAAAUUCUCAUAUGUAUCAAUUAUACGCUUUAGCUGAUGAACAAAUAUUAAUUGAAGAAGAUAUGUCAAUUGAAGAUGUUUAUGAAUUAUUUCCUACUCAUCCAACAACAAUACCAUUUCAAUUAAUUAAGGGAGAUGAUUAG